UUAUUUUUUGUCACCAGCCUCUCUGCUUCAACUGAAUCUGCCGGCAGCCAUCUUCUUUCCUUCUCCGUUCAUCAUCAUCAUCUCGCAUGACUCCCGAAUCCUUUCAUCUCUACCAAGUUCUCUUUUCUUCCUCAAUUCCUCCAUUCUCAUCCCCUAUUCCAUGUCACAUCCAUCGACCGGAGUCAUUUCAACGGACAGGCACAACCCAUGUCGGCGGGUGAGCAGCCGAACCGGAGAGAAUGGAGCCUGAUCUAUCGAUCGGCGAUGAGGGUGCUGUUCACGCGAGGCCUUGGCAAGUCGGCAAAAUUUCGAUCUCCUUCCAACUGAGAACAACUCUACAGAUCACUUCCGCUCCACUACAGAUCAUGAGUUGGAUGAUAAGAGGCCGGAAUGAAUUCAUUUCACAGAUUGUGACGGAGAAAGCAAAGAUUGAAGAGGCCCAGAGGCAACAAAUCCAGAAGGCCCAGAGAUGGUUGCGUUCUUGAGAUAUAGGGUUUUCAUUUUGAGUCUUAUAAAUAGGUUUGAGGGAAAGGGUUUUUGGGGGGCUUCUUGUUUUGGAAUAUUGGAGAAAUCUGAAAACGGCGGUUGGAAAGAGGGAGGAGAGCAGAGCUCGUUUUCUUGCUUUAGGUAAUCUGUUUUCCAUUUUUUUUUUCUUUAAUGUACUGUGAUGUUUUGAUGUUUUGAUGUUUCUUAAGUGGCCAGAUAUGUUUUCUGUGCCAACAAGUUGCCCUUUUCUCUUUUUAUUUUACUCAAAAGGUUCUUGUGUAGAGAUGUCAAGGUUAAACAAAGUUUAUAAUUGUGACAUUUUAUUUUGUGGUAUUUCUUAAUUAUGCAUGAUUGUCCAGUUUUCCAUCUUUGUAUGGUUAAAUUCUGAGGAAUAAGGUUGCACUAUGACUAUCCCUUCACUGAUGCUGAAUUUGGCUUAUUUGGCUGCAGCAGUGUUUCUGUGACUUGUGAAAGGUAUAAUACUAUAAUACUUAUACCUGAAACCCAUAUUCUCCUCUGUUAAAUAUUAUAUGAUUUGACUGUCCAUUAGAUUGUGGUUGAUAAUUUUUUCUGGUUCAUAAUGACAGUUGCUUCAUGAUUUUAGGUUGUAAACUUAAUUUGGCUAAACAGUUUGGGUUAGGGAAUUAACGAGAUAAUAAUUUGGUUUAGACUUU